UUUUAUAUUGGUCUGUCAACCGCCAUUAAACUCCAGAAGAAGAAGGCUUUUGAGUCGUUCGGUUUUUUAUUUAACGUUAAUUGAUAAUGUCUGCUAAAUUAAACGCCCUUUUCAGCGAUUCGUAUGUUGACAUAAGCCAAUAUAGAGACCAACAUUUCAAGGGAAACCGCCAUGAGCAGGAGAAGCUGUUGAAACAGAGCUGUACGCUGUACGUAGGCAAUCUGUCCUUCUACACCACAGAGGAGCAGGUGCACGAGCUCUUCUCUAAGAGUGGAGAUGUCAAGAGGAUCGUCAUCGGUCUGGAUAAAGUCAAAAAGACUGCCUGUGGUUUCUGCUUUGUCGAAUAUUACAGUCGUGCUGAUGCAGAGAAUGCCUUGAGAUUUAUUAAUGGCUCCAGGCUGGAUGACCGGAUCAUCCGAACGGAUUGGGACGCCGGCUUCAAAGAAGGAAGACAGUACGGCCGGGGGAAAUCAGGUGGACAAGUCAGAGAUGAAUACAGGCAAGAUUAUGACCCAGCGAGAGGGGGUUAUGGAAAACUUGUGCAGAAAUCUUGAACCAUUUAUGUACCUUUUACAGGUCAGAGAUGAAUACAGGCAAGAUUAUGAUCCUGCCAGGGGUGGUUAUGGGAAGUUAGCUCAGCUUCAGAAGGCACCAGAGGGACUUCAAAAAUUUUAGUUUUUCACACAAUGGGAUUAUGGAGUGAAUCUGUGAAGGCUGUUUUGAUGGUAAUGUACAUAUUAGAGCAGAAAAGCAUGAGUUCAUUAGUAGUGUCCAUUGCCUCAUUCAGUGUAGCCCUGAAGGUGUUUUGUUUGUGUGCGUGUUCUUUUUUUAAUAAAUUUGAAAAUGUUGUAAUCUUUGUCCCUUUCUGUGUGAUUCCU